ACUUGGCAGUUUCGGGCUACUCAGGGAAGUUGUAUUAUAGAACUUUACCAAUAUCAGACACUGGUAUUUGCACAAUAGCCUUUGUCAGAAAAAAGUAAUCAUCUUGCCAUACCGAUAAAUACACACAUAACACUAAGUAAACCAUAAACGUAGUCUAUUAAUCUCAUAUUAAUGCGUCCAGUAGAGAGAGUAGAAUUAAUCCCUUUCAGUGGACAGAGAGUGAGAGAGGUCCCAGCCCAUCUAAUCGGAUUAGGCGACUAUAGGUUAAUAGACUGCUAUCUCUCUCCACCCUACAUGGGACGGUUGUGUGCCCAGCUCUUAUUUUCUGCUGUAGCGCAGCUUUUGAAAAGCCUGAAUCGUAUAUCCAUUCAUAUGUUCUCUCACCGGAUAACUAAGUACAACUCAGCGUUGUUUCGUUUUGGGGACGAAGACGACGGGUAACUGCACGCGCAACAUGCUCAACUAAUAUAUAUGAUACAACAGAUUAAGGAGUUUGUGUAAUUAAGGCUCCCGUAGGCGAUGUAACUGACUUUUUGCAUGUGAGUCUUGCCUUGGAGAGAGAGCCAGUCCCAUGUUCGCUCCCCGUGUGCCCGGCUGCACUCUACGCCGAGGACAGUGCCCUAGGCUGUGGGGUUAGAUGGUGCUGAUUACGGACGACAGGGAUGGAGGAGGCCGGGUCAAACAGAUCCAACAGCAGCAAAAAGUCAGGGGAAACAUCGCUCAGGUCCACCCGACCAUAGCCGAGGAGCCGCUGUUCAACUCUGACGACGAGGACUACCUGGGUUCUUGUGAAGAGGACGGUGACGAGGACGACAGAGGAGAGGAAGACGAUGAUGAAUUCGAAGAAGUUUACUUUGAGGACUUAGAAGACUAUCGGAGCAUCGCGUCGGACGACUCCUUCUACCCGCCAGACGAUGUGUUUGCGGACUCGGAGCGCACCCCGUCCCCGGAAAGCCCGGAGCCGUUAUCUUUUUUCCAGGCGUCCUGCACCAACAAUGCGGCUAUCGUCCGGAUAAUGAUACGGCAUGGAGUGAAGGAGGAGGAGGUCAAGGAGAUGGACAGGAACGACAGGAUAGGGCUAUUGGUUGCAUGUUACCAAGGUUAUGUGGAUGUCGUCAUAGCGCUGUCUCAGUGUCCGUAUCUGGAUGUCAACUGGCAAGACAGUGAGGGAAACACAGCUCUUAUCACUGCUGCUCAAGCAGGCCAUAUAACAAUCACCAACUAUUUGCUGAACUAUUACUCUGGGUUGGACUUAGAGAGGAGAAACUGCCAUGGCUUCACUGCUCUGAUGAAAGCUGCCAUGCAGGGCCGGGUGGAAUGUGUACGUUCGCUCAUGAUGGCAGGGGCUGCCCUGAAUGCGAGAGACUUUGGCCGCCACUUGACUGCCAGGGAGUGGGCCUUAUUUACUGGCCGUUAUGAAACUGCCUGGGUGAUGACACGACUGAUGGAACGGCCCUGCCCCUGCCAAUACUUUGCUACAUAUAGUCUAGAGUGGCCCCCACUGGCAUCACUGGUGGCCAAAGCCCAGGAGCCCCGCGGCUGUCUGAAACGCCUGUCCGAUACCGUGCGGAACGUCUUCAGCAUUGUGAAUGUCACCAACCUUGAAGAUGAAGGUGUUAUUGACCACAUGGUUUCUAUUACAACGGCUAUGAGGAGCCCUUUCAUUGCUGUUGCAUGCCAUACAGUGUGUCCUGACAGUCCCCCAAGUGUGGGCAAACGGUGCUAUGCAGUUCCUGAGAUUAUCCGCCAGCAUCGCACUAAGGGGCUCCGCUCCAUCAACCCUGACAGGAUGGACAGCCACCGCAAACUCUUCCAGAACUCCCGAGUCACACUAGUGGCCAAGAACUCAGCACACCGCCAGGCAAGCCUCCAAGCCCAGAGCCUGGUGCCUCGACUCAGGAGCAGCAGCCUGAGAAGGAGCAGUGUCAGGCCUGGCUUCAGCAUCCCCAAAGUGAGGGUAUGUAAGGCCCCCACGCCAACUUAUGAACCAGAAAAGAUCCGGAGGAAGAGUAGCGCCAAAGAUGGAGGGGGGCACCUGCUACAGAUCCCAAAGUGGCGGUACAAGGAGCUAAAAGAAGAGAGGAGGAAAGCCGAGGAGGCAGAGAGGAGGAGACUGGAGGCUGUAACAAAAAGAUACCUUGCUUCCGGAAAAAGGAAAUAAUAUCAUUGCCUCAAAGGAUGUGAUGUAACCAAACCCUAACCAUAUUAGUUCAGGAGUGUUAUGCUGGGUGGGCCAGAUUUAGCACCAGUAUUUUUCUACAAUCUUUCAAACUCAGGGUGGGCCUAGAAUUACCAGCA